GGGGACACACCUCUCACUGUGAUUGGCUGAUGUAUUUAUCUCUCCUUUGCAAGGCUGAAGGUGAAGUGGCAGUAUAAAUUACUGUCUUGUCUUCCUGGCCAAAAUGUCAUCCGGUGGACUUUUAAUCAUGCACGCUCAAAUUUGUAAACGCCUGGCUCACAAGUACCUCUCAAGAACCUACACAUCUCGGCCUUCGCUCAAUGAAGUUGUAAUUGUCAGCGCGGUCCGCACUCCGAUGGGCUCCUUCAAAGGCAGCCUGGCGGCAGUACCAGCCACCAAGCUGGGCUCCAUUGCCAUUAAGGGAGCCAUAGACAAAGCAGGAAUCCCUCUAGAAGAGGUGAAAGAAGUCUACAUGGGCAAUGUACUUCAGGCAGGAGAAGGACAGGCACCCACGAGACAAGCCUUGCUUGGAGCAGGCUUGACUCUCGGCACUCCAGCAACAACCAUCAACAAAGUCUGUGCCUCUGGGAUGAAGUCCAUCAUGAUGGCAGCUCAGAGUCUAAUGUGUGGACACCAGGAUGUGAUGGUGGCAGGAGGCAUGGAGAGCAUGUCCAAUGUACCAUAUGUGAUGUCCAGAGAGACUCCAUCCUACGGAGGAGUGAAGAUGGAAGACCUCAUUGUCAAAGAUGGACUCACUGAUGUCUACAACAAAUUCCACAUGGGCAACUGUGCGGAAAACACAGCUAAGACCUGCAACAUCACCAGAGAAGAGCAGGACGCCUUUGCCAUCGGCUCAUACAGCCGCAGCAAAGCAGCAUGCGAGUCUGGUGUGCUGGCCAAGGAGAUUGUGCCAGUUAGCAUUCCCCAGAGAGGCAAACCUGAUGUGGUGGUGUCUGAGGAUGAAGAGUGGAGGCGGGUCGAUUUCAGCAAAGUUCCCAAACUCAGGCCAGUGUUCCAGAAGGAGAACGGCACGGUGACAGCAGCCAAUGCCAGCACACUGAACGAUGGAGCAGCUGCUCUUGUUUUAAUGACAGCAGAUGCUGCAAAGAGACUCAACGUCACUCCACUGGCCAGGAUUGUCUCUUUUGCUGAUGCUGCAGUUGCACCCAUUGAUUUCCCCAUUGCUCCUGCAUAUGCUGUACCAAAGGUUCUGGAUGCAGCAGGGCUGAAGAAGGACGAUAUCGCCAUGUGGGAGAUCAAUGAGGCCUUCAGCGUGGUUGUGCUGGCCAACAUCAAGAUGUUGGAUAUCGACCCUGCAAAAGUUAACGUCAACGGGGGAGCCGUGUCACUGGGACACCCCAUUGGGAUGUCUGGGGCAAGAAUUGUGGGUCACAUGGUCCACAACCUGAAGUCAGGCCAGUACGGGCUGGCAGGCAUCUGCAAUGGAGGUGGUGGAGCUUCAUCUAUUCUGAUCCAGAAACUGUAGGCAACUUGAGACUUCUCUUUCCCCAGUACACGUAGCUGAUCCGUGCUGACAUCUUGUUGGCUCCACCUGGUUAAGAUCUCUGUACAACUUCAAUGCCAGUGGCCUUACUCAAGAAGCAAUGUGGGACUUGAAUCACGUGAUUUCCCCAGUCUUUAAAACACUCCUUUGUUUGAUAAAAAUUGAUUAAUAUUUAACUCUGAAGUCAAGUGGUUAAAUAAAUAGUUUUUUUGAAACCACUGUUGUGUUACUGAUUGAUUCUCGACUAUGGGGUUCACAGUCAUCAAAGGUUUGACCUAUAAUAAUUCACAUCAGAUACAAAUUAAAAUAAGUUUAUUCAAGUGUUGGCAGUGUAAUUUUCAAUUUGGCCACCAGAGGCUGCAAUUUCAGUUUAUGAUGUUAAAUGCACUUGAAUCAUGUUGCAGUGCUCAUGCUGCCUCUACAAAGCAGGUUUGAAUGUUUUCUGUAUAUUUGUUGUCAUCAUCUUUUUGUCAUUAGUUAUGAGUGAUUAAAGUUUGGUUUGAGAAAUUUU